CCGCCGCUCAUCAUUCCGUAUAAGAUCGUUUCCUCUCCCGACAUUUUCAACUUCUUUUCCUUCCUUCCUCACCCAACACAUUCCCUCACUCAAAACAACUCCAGACUUUUAGUCACUUACUUUCGUUUAACACACGCCCUCUCCAAAAACUCACCAGUAAACCAUCUAAUCAACCUUUUUUACUUUUAUUUUUAUUUUUUCAAAAAAAAAGUAAAUUCACCCAAUCUUUCAAGAUGCAAUUCUCCGCCGCCGCCGUCGCCGCUGCCCUCGUGGCCACCGUCGCUGCCCACAAGAACGUCACCUACGUCACUGAGGUCGUCACUGCUUACACCACCUACUGCCCGGCCGCCACCACCUUGACCUACAACGACAAGACCUACACCAUCACUGAGGCCACCACCCUCACCAUCACCGACUGCCCUUGCACCAUCUCCAAGCCAGUCACCGUGACCCCAGUUGUCGUCUGCCACACCUGCUCCCAGCCAGCUGCCCCUACCUACGUCAACUCCACCACCCCCGUCGUCCCAGUCGUCCCAGUCGUCCCAGUCGUCCCAGUUGGCUCCGGGGUUCCUCAGCCAACCCAGCCUCCUUUCAAGGGCAGCGCCAACCGCGCCGUCGUCGGCUCCGCCGCUGGCCUUGCUGGUCUCCUCGGCCUCGCUGCUUACAUCUUGUAAGUAGCUAGCUGCUGAGUUGAGGUGGAAAACUAUCUUCUGAGAAUCGGGAGACACUACGCACCUUCCUUCACGUGGACACGAUGAUCGGCACACUUUGCGAGUCGGGAGUUCAUGAGAUGGAUUUUAAUUUGAUGAGGGGAUCUGUGUGUGGUAUUUGUGGAAGCGGUCGGGGGGAUUAGAUGAGAGGGAUUUAUUAAUUCAAAGAUGUGUCGGUGUGCAUUGCUCUAUGGAGACUCUUCAUGUGUUCUCUACUUCAUGGCCAUAAACCUUUUACUUCUUUUUCUCGUGUGUGCAACCGCUUUUGAUGGAUUGGACGAUAUUUGGUGUGUGUGGGAGACUGGUUUUUACUUCUCUCUGGAUGAGCUCGACCUUUUUUGGCAUCUCGAUAGAUGGAAGGCUCAUGCAAAUAUGAAACGUUUCGAUAUAUUCUCUCUCGCCCUGUCUUGUAUGUUUUGACAUUCUGCCCGCCCCUUUCGACUUCACUUUCAAAACCUCACAUUUUUCUGCUGUGGGCAGCAUUUCCUUGGCUCUACCCACUUUCAAAACCUCACAUUUUUCUUCUUGUCGGCAGCAUUUCCUUGGCUCUACCCAGUUUC